AGAGCAGUAUGGACAUUCGGAUGGACAUCGCACUCCUAAAAGAUCAAUACAACUCCAUUAGAGACAAACAGAGAAGAGAACCUCAAGUGGUGUGUUUCAAGAAAGACCUCAGAGCUUCGCGUGACGCUGCGCGCAGACUCAUAGAGUGACACCAAAUAUCGCGAGAAUGUCUCACGUCACGAGUCACCGGAAGAGAAAUAAAACAUCAAAACAUCCGUCACAUGGUGUGCGUCUUCCAGCAGUGCUUCAGUAUUUCCUCAUCUCUCCGUGUUUCUAAAGGAUGGAUGAACAUCUUCAGGCCCGUCUGAUCUCUCAGCUCAGACUGGAAAACAUUCGUCUGUGGCUCGAACCCUUCACCACUGACCAGCAGCAGAUACAGAAUCUGGCAGACAAAUAUGCGUCAGUCACUGGAUUUGCGGUGGAUGUUGUGCGAUCAGUUCUGGAGGUUAUUCAGUCAGAGGCUGUGAUGAAAGGUGAAGGAAAUAAAGAGUUCAGAGAGACGUCUGUGGCCACGCUGGAGCUUCACCUGCCUAAAGAAACUCAGACGAGGAAAGCUCUUUUCAGAAGCAGACUGGACAUCACGGCCCACGAGCUGAAGAAAGAGAUCAGUAAAAUGUACGGAUUUCAGCACUUCAAUCUCAUUCUGAAGGGAAAAACAUUGGCCCCUGAGAAGAGUCUUUGCGAGCAGAACGUGAAGAACAACAGUAAGAUCAUGGUGCUGAACGUGUCGUCUGAAGACGAGAGGAAUGAGAUGCUGGAGGGAGAGAAAGAGAAACGCUCUGAAGAUGAAGGAGUGCAGAGGACUCAGAAAGGCUUUCAGAUUCUGUCAGAAAGAGACGGUAGUGAAGAUCCGGCCACCACUCCGUUCCUGGAGAUCACUGAUCAGAAAGGCAAUCCGCUCCAGAUUCCUGACACUGAGAGAAAGGCUCUGAUCAUGGCUAUGGGUUUUCAUGAGAAAGGACGAGCGCUGAUGAAGAAGAAAAAGAACAGUUCUGCUCUGUGUUACCUGCUGAGGGCGGAUGAAGAGUUUCAUAAGUGUGACUCAGCGAUUCUCAACACGGUGGAUAAUUUUGCGGUUCUUCAGUUGGAUAUCGUGUGGUGUUUUCAGUUGCUGAAUGAACUCUCUUGUCUGGAAGACGCCAAACAGAGACUUCAGAACGCAGAAACAUGUUUUCAGAGGUGUUACGGAGUUCAGCAGAGCAGACUGCAGCAGAUCAAGGGUCACACCGGAGGAGAGGACGUGCUGUUUUUGAGGUUAUAUCUUCUUCAGAGUUCUCUAGCAUAUCACACCGGAGAUGAGAACAGAGCAUCUCACCUACUGAACAAAGUUCAGGAUCUGUACGGUAAGCUGUGUUUAGAUCCAGACCAGCUGAAUCAGCUGAUGAGUUUGGGAUUUUCUGAUCAGGAAGCUCGACUUGGUUUAAGAGCGUGUCGAGGGAACAUCAACAAGGCCGCACUGCACCUCACAGAGAGAAGACAGGAGAAAGAGGAGAGGAAGGAGAGAGAGCGUGAGAAGAGGAGACGUCGUCUGCGGGACAUCAACACACUGGUUGAGUUUGGUUACAGUAAGAGAGACGCCACUAAAGCUCUUCAUCACGCUAAAGGAGACGUAGACAAAGCUUACGGGAUUCUGUUAGAUAGAGCUGAGGAUCAGACCGCACACACACAGGAUUGGACAGGAGCUUCUGAUUCAUGUCUGACGGGUGAUGAGGUGAUGUCUCAAUCUCCACCUUCAUCAGAAGAGCCCAGCACCUCCUCAGACCCCCCAUCAGCGUCAAGUCCCCUGGAGGAGGAGCUGGUCAACGAGGUUUUAGGAGACAUUCCCAGACAUGAAGAAGAUUAUCUGGAUCUGAGUCUGGAUGAGGAGCAGGAACUCAUGGCACAACUCCGAUCUUACCUGGAGAAAUGACCCACCCCAGCGUACAGAGAAUAAACCUUCUUUAAAGCUCCUUAUAUUGAUGGCUGUUAUGCAGUAUUUAUUAACACUGAAUGGCCAAAAAAAAUGGGAUGAUCUUACAUUUAUAUAAUAAUGUUACCAAGGAAAUGUUGUGUGAAGUUCUUCCUUGUAACAGCUACUGUAAUAGAAAUAAUGUUAUGUUUAUUUUCUGUUUUUUUCGCGCCGUGAUUCAUUUCUCACGCAUGUCUUUUGAAGAACAUGGUGUUAAAUGUUUUUGGUUUCACAUCAGAUCAGCUUUCACGCAGUGAUUCGCUUUAUUUAAAAACAAUAUGUUGUUGUUUUACUUUGUUCAAAUCGUUAUGUUCAAGUUGAUAACUGAAAUCCAAAGGGAAUUUGCAAUAAAGAUUUUUGAAGGCG